AUGGCCGCCACGACCAUGACGGCCCGCGAGCUCCUCACCAAGGUCUUCCAAGGCGAACAGACCCUCACUCCCGAGCUUCUCUCGUGCGAGAACGACUUCGCCAUGCACUUGAUGCGCUAUCCAAACGACACUAACUUUGUCGCCGCGCGCAAGCCGGGCGUGAACUACGGCGAGUUGAUCUGCAUGGAGGAGUCGUGCUACAGCGAAAUCGAGCUCAGCCCGAACCCGAACCUGCCUGAUGGUGGUAUCGGACGCGGCUUCGGAUGGCUCUUCAAGUACUGGGAGCACAUUGACAGCUCUCCGGAGCACAAGGCUGCCCGCGGCGCGCGUGUCAUCAGGGACAAGCAAAUCAAGAGCGAGAUGCCUCCCGAUGCCUGGACUCCCAAAGUCAAGAAGACUUCGUCGUCGAGCGGAGCAUCCUCGACUGCAGCGUCGGGCUACGCCAGCGGCUCGGGCAUCAAGGCGGAGGACAGAGUCUUCGGCGGUUACGACGGAACACCUCGCGCAUCGACUUCCGGUUCGUCGUCCAAGAGCAACACCAAGAAGCGCCCGUCAGACCCGCUGUACCGCUCUUCGGUCCGCGGAAUGCUCACGGACGACGACGCCGACCUCGCGCGCGACAAGAAGCCGAAACUCGAAGCCACGCCGGGCGUCCUCGCCGAGCGCCGCAACGAGCCUCAGGCCGGCGCCGCACCCGUCAUCGUCCCUCUCCAGCCUACGAUCGCCGAGCAGAACGCCUACAAGGAGGCCAAGUCCGCGCUCGAGCGCUACGAGCUGCUCGCCGAAGACUUGAGGACUCGCCCGACGGCUCAGCGCGACGCGGGCUUCUACGCCCAGCUCGACCUCCUCAACGGCCACAUCGCCAAGCAAAGGCAGAUUAUCGAGAAUAGCAAGAAGCGCUUCGGCGCCGCCAUCGAGCCCGUCGUCCAACCUCGCCCCGCUGCCGCAGCUGCCGCCAUGCCCGGCGCCUUCCCCGGUGCGGUUGGCGGCUACGCCGCUGCGAUGGAUCCCGCCGCCGCCGUCCUCGCCCGCUUGUCGGGGUCGCGGAACGCUGCGAACGACGACAGCGACGACGAGGCGAUGUGGAACAACUUCGCCCCGGUCACGCACGAGGACUUUGAUCACUUCAUCAAGGCCGCUCUCGAGGGCGAGGGCUUUGAGGGCAACGAGAACGUCAACGCCGCCGCUGCCGCCAUCGGUCUCAAAUCGCAGAAGGAGCCGAUCCAGCACAUGACCGUUGACUUGAUGCCUCACCAGAUCAUCGCUUGCGCCUGGAUGAAGGAGAGGGAGGCUGACAAGACGUUUGGCGGCAUCCUCGCAGACGAGAUGGGUCUCGGCAAAACCAUCGAAGCUAUCGCCAAUUGCCUCAUCAACCCGAGCGCCGACCCCGAGGAGAAGACGACUCUCGUGGUUGCCCCGCUCGCGCUUCUCAACCAAUGGGAAGCGGAGCUCACCGACAAGGUCGAGAGGGGCCACCUCUCCAUCUGCAAGUACCACGGCCCGGAGCGCAGCAAGUACUCCGCAAAGAAGCUCCGCAAGUUCGACUUCGUCCUGACGACCUACGGAACGCUCGUCACGGAUUUCGCCGACGAGGAGAACCUCGAGAAGAAGGCCAAGAAGGCGGCGAAGAAGGCGGACAACCCGGAGGCUUGGGAAGACUUCCUCGCGCCUCACGAGGACGGCCCGCUCUUUAAGAUGGGCUUCUACCGCGUCAUCCUCGACGAAGCUCAGUACAUCCGCAACAAGGCGACGAAAGUCAGCAGGGCUGUCACGAGGAUCGACGCGCUGUACAGGUGGGCUCUUACGGGGACCCCCGUCACCAACAGUCUCGCAGACCUGUACCCGCUCUUCCGCUUCCUUCAGCUCAAGCCGUGGUACGACUGGGCGAGGUACCGCGAGAACGUCAUCCACUACGAGAAGAAGAACCCCGAGAUCGCCGGUCGAAAAGCGCAGGCCAUCCUCCGCACGUGCAUGUUGAGGCGCAAGAAGGACUCGAAGCUCGACGGCAAGAACCUCAUCGAACUCCCGCCGAGGAACGUCGAGCUGCACGAGCUCGAGUUCUCCGAGGAAGAGCGUGACAUUUACACGGCGAUCGAGGGGAAGGCGCAAGCCAAGUUCAAUCGCUUUUUGCGCCAGGGCACAGUCCUCAAGAAUUACGCACAUAUCCUCCUCCUCAUCCUGCGUCUUCGCCAGAUCUGCUUCCACCCCGCCCUCGUCGCCGACGCUGAGAAGACUGCUGAGCACCAAGAGGAGGCGAAGGAGGCUGUCAAGGACGAGGCGAAGCGCGCGAAGAACGAGGUCGGCAAGGCCUUCGUCGACAAGAUCCGCAAGAUGCGUCUCGACGCCGCCGUCGAGCGCUGCAACGCCGAGCAGCAGGGUACUGAUGCUGCUGGCGACGAGUGUGCUAUCUGCAUGGAGGACUUCCACGAGAGCGAGCAGGGCGGCGCCGUCACUCGUUGCGCGCACAUCUUCUGCUACACCUGCCUCGUCGACGUCAUCAACGCCGAGCAGCGCGGCGACCACGACGAGGAGGGCGCUGACAAGAAGUGCAAGGCCGACCAACGGCCUUGCCCGAUCUGUCGCCAGCCUUGCGGUCUCAAGGAUAUCUUCAAGCUCGCCGCGUUCGAGCCGACUGACGAGGAGCUCUGCACGGCCGCCAACAUGGAGAUUGACCGCGAGGAGGACGACGAGGACGACACGCUUGGCGGCUUCAUCGUUCCCGACCACGAGGAGGAUGACGACGACUUCGGGAAGUCGGUCUCGAAGAAGAAGCCCAAGCAGCCGAAUCGCGCGAUCAUCCAGGACUCGGACGACGAGGAGCAGGCCGAGCAGAGCGAAGCCGAGGAGGAGCCCGCCCCUCGCAAGGACAAGGGCAAGGGGAAGCAGAAGGAGAAGCCCGUUUACGAGCUCAAGUUCAUCAAAGAGCAAGAGCCGAGCACGAAGAUGAUCUGGGCCGAGAAGGAGGUCGAGCGCAUGCUGAAGGAGAACCCCGACGACAAAGUCAUCAUCAUCUCGUCCUUCGUCUCCGCUCUCGACAUGAUGGACAUCUACCUCGAGUCGAAGGGCCACAGGACGGUCCGCUACCAAGGCGACAUGAGCAUCACCGAGCGCGAGGAGUCGAUCAGGAUCCUGAAGAAGUCAAAGAAAUGCCGCAUCAUGCUACUCUCGCUCAAGUGCGGAGGCGUCGGCCUCACCCUCACGCGCGCCAAUCGCGUCAUCUCGCUCGACCUCGCCUGGUCGAACGCCGUCGAGAACCAGGCCUUCGACCGCGUCCACCGCAUCGGCCAGAAGAAGGAUGUCUUUGUCAACCGCUUGACGAUCAAGGACACGAUUGAGCAGCGCAUCCUCGAGCUUCAGAAGAAGAAGCAGGGCCUCGCUGAUGCUUCGCUCGGCGAAGGCGGCACUUACAAGAUGGGCAAGCUUACUGUCGCCGACCUCGCUGCGCUCUUCGGCCUCAACGUUCGCGGGCAGCGCGUCUGA